GUCACCGAGGGAACUUCGUUAUACCGAUUGUUCUCUUCCAGCGAACGAUCCAGUGAGAUACAUAUAACACGGGCAAGAAAAAAAGAAAAAUAUCCUCCAGUCGCAUCGAUAGUGUUAAUUACCGUUAAAUUCAACGAUCGAUAUGGUCAGUGUAUAUCUUUGGCUGGUCACCUGUUGGAUCAUUCUGAAUAAAUUUUCGACAAGUAUCGCCGCGCACGGCGAUGAUCAUCGAGAGGAAUGGGUGGUUAGAGUUCAAGGUGGAUCCCAGAUUGCAUCCCUUUUGGCUUUGCAGAGCGGUUACAAGCACCUUGGCCCGGUCUUGGGAUUCAAGGACACGUAUAUCUGGCUCAAAGAUGACAACGGUGGUCAGAAGAAAAGGGGUGGAGUUUGGUUAACGAAAGCACUAAAUUCGAGCAACAAGAUCAUUUGGGCGGACCAGCAGAAGAAAAUCGAGAGACAGAAACGCGGCUACUUGCCACUAUCUAGCCUCGACUCGGAGAAACCACUGAUAAGGGAAAAGAGGCUAGGGAUGGAUCAGUAUUACUUGAAUGGUAUACAAAACAACGACGAAUACUGGCAGGAACUUUGGCGAGAAGAUCCUCUAGACUCCAGAUUGAUGUUCAAUGACGAACUUUGGGAUCAAGAAUGGUAUCUGCAAGACACGAGGUCGAACAAAGCAUUACCCAAGCUGGAUCUGAAUGUACUAUCCCUCUAUCGACUGGGGGUAACUGGUCGAGGCGUGAGAGUCGCUGUUCUGGACGAUGGGUUGGAAUAUACCCACGACGAUUUGCGAAAUAAUUACGAUCCUGACAUUAGUUACGACGUGAACGAAAAUGACGACGAUCCUCUGCCACGAUAUGAAUUAUCAGGAGCAAACGGCCACGGGACGAGAUGCGCGGGGGAAAUAGCAAUGGAGGCGAAUAACCGGAAGUGCGGCGUGGGCAUCGCUUUCGAGGCUUCCGUCGGCGGGAUUAAGCUGCUCGAUGGUUUGGUGAACGAUCGCGUCGAGGGAGAAGCACUCGGAUACAAACCAGAAUUGGUAGACAUUUAUACGGCCUCGUGGGGCCCGGCCGACGAUGGGAAAAGUUUAGAGGCACCUGGAAGAUUGGCCACCGAGGCGCUGGAACGUGGAAUCGCGAUGGGCAGGAACGGCAGAGGCAGCAUUUACGUGUGGGCUUCUGGGAAUGGAGGCUUGAAAUCGGACGACUGUGGAUGCGACGGAUACGUAGGAAGCAUUUACACGAUCGCUGUGGGCUCCGCUAGUCAAACUGGAAGAUUUCCAUGGUACAGUGAAAGCUGUCCGGCCACGUUAGCCACUACGUAUAGCAGCGGUGCUUAUCACGAUCAAAUGAUAGCUACGACGGACUUAAGGAACACCUGCACCACGGGCCACACGGGCACUUCCGCGUCCGCUCCAUUAGCCGCGGGAAUCCUGGCCUUAGCUUUGCAAGUAAACAAAGAUCUGACCUGGAGGGACGUGCAGCAUCUCAUCGUUUGGACCUCGGAAUACAGUCCACUCAGGGAGAAUCCUGGCUGGUUCAGAAAUUCCGCUGGAUUUUGGUUCAACUCACGUUUCGGCUACGGACUUAUGAACGCGUACGCUCUAGUCUCGGCCAGUUACAAUUGGACCACUGUGCCGGACAAGACCAUCUGUAAAGCGGACGUGGCCAAAGUAAUCGACAAGAAGCUGGCUUAUGGAAACAACAGACGGUUGCGAUUCGAGACGGAGGACGAGUGUCGAUCAGCGGGCAACGAGAUUACGUUUUUGGAACACGUGGAGAUCGAGGUCACCAUCAAGUACAGCCUCCGCGGCGCACUUCAGAUGCAUCUGACUGCACCCUCAGGGACAAAGGUACAGAUACUAAAGCCAAGGAAGUUGGACGAUUCGGCUGCCGGAUUCGAGAAGUGGAAAUUUAUGUCCGUGGCGUCAUGGGGCGAGGAUCCACGCGGCAGCUGGUUUCUAGACAUCCUCGACGAGAUUGGACCGGAAGAGAAUAAUGGCACGAUAAAGGCGUUCACGUUGAUCUUACACGGAACCAGGAGAAUGCCAGGGUAUCGAAAGAACGGGCCACGAAUUUACAACCAGGACUACAAUAAAAUUCGAAACAUCGACGAGGAUCAAUCAUCUACGUCGUUCAAGAAGAAGCUGGGCUUACUCGCCCAAGACACAAACGACAUCUAUGAAAAGAAUUGGCUCAAGAUUCUAGGAAUAUAAAUUCUCGAAGAAAAAUCAUUUUACGUUGCGCGAACGAAAGCGAUCAAGCUCGAUGGUUAAAACGUAUUUCCAUGUAUUUCCAUAUAUUAUUCUGUGUCAUCGUUCGUGUUAAAAAUAAUCUCUAAUGCAACGGACGAAUAUUAUUGAUGACGCACAGACCAUUAACGGACGAUUACGGCGCAAAAAUAAUUGCAAAACAAGGUUGCAUUUUCCAGCAAAUUCGCUCAAAGGAAUGACUGCACAAUGAGACAGUGGAAUAAAAUAAAAAAAAAGAAAAAAGUUUUAAAAAGCGAAUAAAAGUAGAACGACAGAGAGUCUGUUUAAGUUCAGGUUCUCCGUGUGGUAGAUUAAUGUUUUCGUCGAGUAGAACAGUCAAAUUUCCUGCGCAAACGUGACGCUAUUGUGACACAGCCGGAGCAUUUUAGUGCUCAAGUUUCUCUCGUUCUCUACACCCGACAAACUACCGCGGUUGUCUUUGCAGCGACUUGAAACUCCACUCGCAAUCGCGAAAUUUGAGAAGGUUCACUUCAGGCGCCGGGAGACUCGGUGUUUUACAAUGAAUUAACAUUCACAACCCUCCAACUACGAAACUUGCCCGUCGCGACAGGAUUUCACUGCGUCCCGACAGGAUUUCACUGCGUAUCAGGGAAUUAAGCUUUACUAUUAGAUGUUGCGAUUAGGAUUUUGAUUUCAAUUGGUGCGUACAAAUAAAUAGAUAAAUUGCAAAUAA